AUGGUAAUGGACGAGAGACCAAUCGCGGAACUCAAGAAGCGCUGGAUCGAUAUCCAAGACGAUAAGCACAAAGCCCGCGAAGUCCGCAAAGUGUACGGUUUGGAUGAGGUGGACGGUGACUGGUACUUUGAUGAGGAAUACGACAAAGAGCGCCAUGUGUCAUUCAGCUCAUCAACUGAUGAAGAUGAAGACGAAGACGAAGAUAUGGAGGAGGACGACAGCCUCUCUAGGCGGCCCAAGACGAAGAGGAUUUACUAUAUCGACAACGAAUUCACCCUUGAUGAGGUGCUCCUCCUCCAUCAAAUCGCCGCGGAUUGGAAAAAGGACCGCUGGAAGACCAUAAGUAGUCGAUUUAACGAGAAGACUGGCCGAGACAUCACUCCGGGUCAAGCAAAGUCGGUUAUCGAUGACUAG